UAUUUCUCCUGAACACUCAAGACUUUAGUAAAUUGCAGCUGCAAGAAAAUGCAUCCCACAUUGUAUGCAGCUGCAGAGUCAGGUGAUUGGUUAGUAAUGGCAAGCUUUUCAGACUACUACUACUCUCAACAUACUCCAGCAAAAGACACAGUCCUUCACGUAUUAGCCCAGUCAUGUGACUCUGCAAAUGUAGUCCAACUUAUCCUUGCCGGACAUGGCCGUUUGCUUAUGAAAUUGAACAGAAGGGGCGAGACUGCACUACAUUUGGCAGCAAGAAAGGGGCAUUCCGGCGUCGUUCGAGCACUAAUUGACCAUGCAAAAUCGGGAGCAGGAUAUUGGUUCCCCCCAUGUUUUGACAGAUGCAAGUGGAUGCUGAGGAUGGCUAGUAAGGCUGGAAACACAGCUUUACACGAGGCAGUUAGGAACAACUUCUAUGACAUCGCCAAAUUGUUAGUUCAAGAAGAUCCUGAGUUUCGUUAUCCCCACAAAUAUGCUCUGAAGACACCUCUGUAUCUCGCAGUUGAGAAGGGACGCCAUAAUAUUAUGGUUCUAAUUUUGGAGUUUUGCAAGACACCAUCCUAUCUUGGCCCCGGACACAAAACUGCCUUGCAUGCUGCCGCAAUUUGGAAUUCGCCAGAAUCCAUGGAGCUGAUUUUGGAAAAGCUGCCUAAUCUUAUUACGAAUGUCGAUAAAUUUGGGUGGACUGCACUUCAUUAUGCUGCCAAAUUUAAUCAUCAGCAUAUUGCAAGACUAUUACUGUCUGCUGAUAGGUAUGCUGCCUAUGUUGCUGCCAAGAAUGAUGACUCCAAGACUGCUCUACACAUUGCGGUAAUUCAUGGACAUGUAGCUUUGGUGCAAGAGAUUUUAUCCCAUUGCCCAGAUUGUUGGGUUCAGAUUACGGGUGAAAGUCAGAAUAUCCUUCAUCUAGCUGUAAAGCAUGAAAAAAUAGAAGUCUUGGAGUUUGUUUUGCAAAAUUCCUGGGCUUCUGAGCUCAUUGACGAAAAGGAUAAAGAAGGAAAAACCCCUCUGCACCUGUAUGUUGCUACCAAAAGCCUAGAUGGGAAUUGCCUCGUGAAUCAUCCUUUUGUGGAUGUCAAUUCUUUUGACGAUUCCAACUCCACGCCUCUAGACAGGAUAGUAGGGGAUCAUCGACCUUCAGAAAGACAGGAACAAAUUAAGGGCCAGCUCGAGGAAACUGGUGCUAAAGCUGGAAUCCAUAAUAUUAACGCAAAGAGAAAAGCAAAAACAUCUGAUAAAGAUCUAGCGGAAAAGUUGGACAAAAUCCGCCAAGCUUACAUGAUUGUUGCUACACUGAUAGUUACAGUAACUUUUGCGGCUGGUUUCACCGUCCCUGGUGGCUUUGAAAGCGGUGAAGGUGACAAAAAAGGCGGUGAAGGUGACAAAAAAGGAGAAGCAGUUCUAGCAAAGAAAGCAGCUUUCAUUGUCUUUGUUGUUUCAGAUUCAUUGGCGUUGCUGCUCUCUAUGCUCGUAGUCUUGUACCAAUUUGUAGUCCGUCAUAGGCCGGACCUUUUUGGUAAGCCAUCUGGACUAUUCUCCCGUGAGGCACUUAUUGGAUAUGCCAUGAUGGCAGUGGUGAUAGCAUUUAUGAGUGGUCUCUUUGCCGUGAUACCAAUCCACGGCAUCAAGAUAUAUCUCUAUGUUAUCAUUGCUUUCUUCGGCUACCUUUUUCUGGGCGCCAUUGUUGAAUGGAGGGUGGCACUUGCGGCUGGGAGGUCCUUCUUUGGGGAACAACUAAGGUCAAGAAAAGAAAACGAAUUAUCCCAGGAUGUUGAAGUCACCUGAGAUGGUUAAAACACGGUGAAAAUGCUUACUGAGAAUAUGGUGGAAAUGCCCGCUUCUUUAUGCUUUUGCAUUCUAUAAUAUUAUUUGAUGAUUACCUAUACAAAAAUUGUAUUGUGUACUAUUACAU